AUGGAAGACGACAAUAAAGCAAAGGAAUUAGAAGACUUUGUUGCAGCUUUGCAUAAUCUAUAUUGCAACGAUAGUAGUCAACUAAAAUUGAUUGAUGAAUUUGCAAAAGACUAUAAUCGUCAUCUAGCAAUCUACUGGUACACAAAACAUACGUUUAUCUUUGAAACUUUAAAUAAUGCUUUGAGAAUGCAAGACAUUAACAUGAUUAUUAAGAUGGGAUUCUUCAUUCGAGAUCUUCAUCGAGAGAUCAAACAGUUACAUGUGAAUAAAAUUAAUCCAGGACAAUUGAUUGUUUAUCGUGGGCAGGGUAUGUUAACUAAUGAAUUCGAAAAAAUGAAAAAUAGAAAGGGUGGUCUAUUAUCUUUCAAUAAUUUCUUGUCUACAAGUGUUGAGAAAGCCGUAGCUAGUAGCUUAGCCGAAAGUAAUUCAAUGGCAACGAAUAAGAUCGGAAUUUUAUUUGAAAUAGAAAUCGAUACUUCAAUGUCGUAUGCACCGUUUGCUUCAGUGAAAGGUCUCAGUCAUUUUUCCGCCGAGCAAGAGAUUCUUUUCUCGAUGCAUGCUGUUUUUCGAAUUGGUGAAAUGGAGGAAACCGGCAAUAAUUUAUGGAAAGUGAAACUGAAAUUAACAAGCGAUAUUGAUGAAGAAUUGAAACGUGUCACUGACUCUCUUCGAGGGCAGCUUGGACGAGGAAAUGGAUGGUAUCAAUUAGGAUAUCUGAUGUUCUUGAUGGAUGAAGUCGGCAAAGCAAAAGAAAUAUAUUCAAAAUUACUCGAACUUACAUCUACUGACGAAUGGAAAGAACUUGCAACAAUAUAUAAUCAGUUGGGCAUGAUCAGUCAUAGAGAGGGUGAUUACAAGAAAGCGCUACAACACUUCCAGAAAACCGCCGAGAUAGAAGAAAAAUAUCUUUCCCUCGAACAUCCAUCUCUAACUGUCACAUAUAGCAACAUUGCUGAAAUUUAUCACUCAAUGGGAAAACAUUUGGAUGCACUUUCUUUGCACCAAAAAGUGCUUCAAAGUCGUGAAAAAAGUCUUCCGCCUAAUGAUCCUUUGCUGGCUGUUACACAUAGCAAUAUUGCUGCGGUCUAUCAAUCAAUGGGAGACUAUCAAAGAGCGCAAGUAAUUUUUUAUAAAGCACGAAAAAUUGGAGAAAUAGGUUUUGUUCCUAACGAUCCAAAGUUAGCUACUAUCUACGACAAUUUAGCCACGGUACACUUGUUAAUGGGUGAACAUGAAACGGCACUUUAUUUUUAUAAAAAAGUACAUGAAAUCAACAGAAAAACUCUUCCUUCGAAUCAUUCAUCGCUACUUAUGACAUGCAGUAAUAUUGCUUUAAUGUAUAACUCAAUGGAUUACCAGACUGCACUAAUCUAUUUACACAAAACACGUGAACUUGACGAAAAAGCUCUUGGUGUUGGUCAUCCAGAUUUGGCUUACACUCAUCAUAACAUUGCGCAUAUAUUGGAGGGUCUUUCUCUGUAUGAAGAAGCACUCCUUCAUAUACAGAAAGCCGUUGACAUUACUAGCCGUACUUGUGAGCCUGAUGAUGAUCGAUUGAAAAUGUUUACCAAUUACCGUGACACUUUACGAAUGCUCCAUCCAUAA